CAUCAUUUAUAUUGAUGUCUGAGCAUCAGCGUCGCUACCUCGCUGUUUUCCAUUCACGAAACACAUAAAAAUCAACACAUAGUUAUUGGGGUCGGCUCCAAACGUCUGUGGCUCGACUGUAUACGGCUAUUGACCGUUGCCACAGAGAGAUGACGUGACACGUAUACCUACCGCAGCCACACGGAUUCAGAAUGAGUGUUGCACGGGCAGGCUUCAGCGUACACAAAAGUCGAAACUCAGCGACCGGGUGUGGGCGCAGUGGAACAAUAUAUCGAACAGUAGAUUGGCGUGCGCACGACACAAAAGGCGUGCCACCGUAUGAAAAAAAAAUAUAAUAAUAAUAAAACCGUCAGCCGCUGAACCGUGGCCGCAGGGACAGUCGGUCCAUCGAAGCUUCCCGGAAAGAUCCGGGAAGAGCGGUGCGACCUGGCCACCGGAAGUCCCACAUUUGAAUGCCGCCGGCCGCCGAGCGGGUCGCCAUUGGCCCAGCGGGCAGCGUCCCGUGACGUCAGAGAGCGCGCUUUCCGCAACGGGCCAAUGGCCAGGCCGGAAGUCGAGACUGCCGCGAGCGAGCCACCGCGCGCGCGCGCGCGGUCGUCUUCGUACAGCGGGCCAAGUAGGGACGACGGUGCAUGCGCGGUGCUGAUGGUCGCUGAGCACUUUCCGUUGCUGUGUGAACCCGCCGACUAACUGACUUAACUCGAUGCCUGUGCCGUUGUUGGUGUGCCCCGUGGCGGGCUGAUGUGAACAGCCCGGUGCCAGGGAUGACGGACGCUUUUUGCUCGUAGACGGUGCUUCGGCCCAAGAUGGUCUAUAGCUGGUCCACCAUGGUGCCCCUGGUCUCCUUUCUCGCGGCGCUAAGGAUUUUGACCGAAGCUCAAAGUUGCAACAACGGGGUCGGGAAGCUAGUCUACGAAAAAAUCUCCGACUACAAGCUCAGCGCCGGCUUCGGCGGGGGACGGCAGCGCGUCGAACUGAUCACGCGCGCCGAGCAGCCAAUCAAGGUGCUGGAGGAGUGCGUCCGCCGCUGCCAGGAAGACCGGACGACGGCCGUGGCCCAGUGCCUGUCGUUCGACUUCAUGCCGGGACGCCGGAGGCCCCCGACCCCGGCUCAGGCCGCCGGCUCGGCGCCCGUGGAGUUCGAGGAGUCCGUGUGCUACCUCUACUACGACAGGGCGUCGCCCGACGGGGGAGAGACGCUCGUUCGCCAGAACAACGCCUGGCACUUCAACGAAGUCUGCCUCUCCUCCAGCAAAGUGAUCACCGAGUGCUCGAGCCGCCUGUACGUGUUCGACCGGAGCCCCAGCUACCGGAUGGACGGCGUCGGCGACAAGGAGGUGUACGCGUCGAACCGCACCGAGUGCGAGGACAAGUGCCUCUCCGAGGCGAGCCUGGUGUGCCGCUCGGCCACGUACGACCGCGCGGGGCAGCUGUGCCGGCUCAGCCCGGAGACCCGGUACAUGAACCCCAAGGGCUUCAAGCCGGACUCGAACGCCGAGUACAUGGAGAACCUCUGCCUGCCCAGCUCGCAGCUGUGCACCACGACGGCGUUCAUCCUGGAGGCCGGCAAGGAGCUGGACGGCGCCUUCGAGCGCGAGGUGGUGUCCACGCGCGACCUGCAGGAGUGCUCGAACUACUGCACGCGCAGCCUGCCGGAGCGCGGCUACUUCUGCCGCUCGUUCCUGUUCGACGACAAGGCGCGCACGUGCACGCUGUACGACGAGGACCCGCUGGGCUACGGCGAGGGCAGCGAGGGCCACAAGCCGCUCAAGAGCAGCACGGGCGACCUCUACCGGGUGCUGUGCGGGAGCUCGGAGCGCGACGUGCUGCUCAACAACGCCACGUUCGAGUGCUACCGGCGCAAGCGGCUGGACGGCUCGCACCAGGUGGAGGUGAAGGCGUACUCGUUCCACGAGUGCCUGGACGAGUGCAUGCGGCGCUACGCCCGGGACUGUCGCUCGGUCGAGUACUCGUCGCGCUACCAAAUGUGCCGCUUCAGCUCCUACGACGGCCAGCCCAGGCCGAACCUGAUCGACGACGACCACUACGACUUUUACGAGUUCAAGUGGUACCGGAGCGCCGGCCACGCCGGAGGCCACGGCUACGGACCUGGACUCGGCGGAGCGGGCGCGGGCGGCGGCGUUGGAGUAGCGGGAGGAACCGUUCCCGGUUUCGGCACCGGAGGCGGCGGCUACGGUCCUCCGCCACCGUCUCCCGGCUUCGGCGGCCACGUCGGCUCCGGCGGCCCGGGCGGCUACCACCACGGCUGGCACGGCAUACACGGCACCCACCGGGGCUACCCGUCGCCCGGCGUAGCCGGCGGCGGCGGCUACGACCCGCCCAGCUACCCCCACGGCCGCUGGCCUCCGACCAGCUAUCACCCACUCCCGGGCCGCGGUUCCUCGAUCGGCUCGGCGAGCGGUGGCUACGGGGCGUCCUCGGGAGGCUACGGUUCCGGAGUCUACUCCACGGGUAGCUACGGUGGCUACGGAAGCGGGUCUUGGAGCAGCGGCGGCGGCGGUAGUGGUGGUGGUUACGGCGGCAGUUCCGUCGCCGGAGGGUUUUCGGGAGGCGGUUAUGGGAGCGCCGGCUACGGCGCCAGUCCCUAUGGCGGAGCUCCCGGCGGAGCUGCCGCGGGAGCGGGCGGCGUGGUGCCGCCGAUCCACGGCGGAGCGGGGACGUUUCCCGCCCACCCGCCGCCUCCCCCGCCUCCCCACGUGCCCCACCAACCGCUCCCCCCAGUGGCGGGACCGGGAGGCCCGCCGCCGCCACCGUUCGCGCCGCCGCUUCCGCCAGGUUUGGCGGAGAAGUGCAAGUUCUCGUCGGCCGUGUUCCGGCGGGUGGGCUACGGGACGCGGCUCAAGAGCUUCUACGUGAGGCGGGUGGUGCGCACCGAGCGGCUCGAAGAGUGCGAGCAGGCCUGCUCCGAAGCGCAGGACAUCCACUGCAAGUCCUUCAACUUCAGGGCAUUCUUCCCGGACAACUGUGAGCUCAGCGACUACGACUCCCGACAGCUGCAGCUCAGCAACCCCGCCCACUUCGACCAAAGCACGCAGUUCGACUACUACGAACGCGACGACCUCGGACACGGCCCAGGUGCAGCGGGAGGCGACUGCUUGGACGUAAGCCAGACAUGCACGCCGGAUGGGAUGGAGUUUUCCCUGAGAACCGUGGACGGCUUCUACGGUCGGAUAUACACGUACGGUUUCUACGACUCGUGCUUCUACGACGGGAACGGAGGAAGCGUCAACGUGCUGAGGAUAAGCCGGGCCAAUGGGUUUCCCCGUUGCGGCACCCAGCAGUAUGGCGACGUGAUGACUAACAUAGUCGUGGUCCAGUUUAACGACUACGUGCAGACAAGCAGGGACAAGAAAUACAAUCUCACGUGCUACUUUUCGGGACCUGGCGAAGCCGUUGUGACUUCUAACUACCUGGACACAAGGACGGACGGCCGGUACCCGACGCAAAUAGAGCAUCUACCGGCCCAGAACAUCCUGACCUCGAACGUCCAGCUGCGCAUCCUGUACCGGGGCACUCCAACAACCACCAUCGCCGUAGGGGACUUGCUGACAUUCAGGCUAGAGGCAAGGGGAAAGUACCAAUUCGAUUUCUACAGCGACAUCUUUGCCACUAACGUGAUUGCCAAGGACCCCUACUCCGGAAGACAGGUGCAUCUCAUCGAUUCCAGAGGGUGCCCCGUCGACCUGUACGUGUUUCCCGAGCUUCACAAAGCUCCAGACGGCGCUUUGGAAGCCGAGUUCUACGCCUUCAAGAUACCGGACUCAAACCUGCUCGUCUUCCAGGCGACAGUGCGAACAUGUCGCGGUCCUUGCGAGCCGGUGAUCUGCAGCGACCGCGGCCGGCCCGGCACGUUCCCGUCGUGGGGACGCCGGAGGCGUUCCGUGCCCGAGCAGCAGCCAGCUGCGCCGGCCGCCGUCGCGCUGCCCGUCAUGAAGAUGAGCAACGCCACCAAGCCGGCGGCAGUAGUCACGAUUGACGGGGCCGGCCAGUCUCCGAAGCCCGCGAAGAACGCCACCAGGGCCGCGAACUCGAGCGAGGAGGAAGCCGAGGAGGUGCACGAGCUGCUGCACGUGUACCUGUCGCGUGCCGACAUUCCGCACGACGGCCCGUCUGCACUGUACAAGAAGCCGACAGUGUGCGUCGCCCAGUCCGGCUACUACGCCCUGGUGGUGGUACUCGCUAUUCUCAUCUGCGCCCUCGUGGGGGUCGCCAUGGGAGCCACGUUCUAUGUUCGAAGGGUCAAGCUGCAGGUGAAGGAGGCCCAGGCCGGAAUGACUUCGCCCAGUCCUUGCAGUAUGUACGUGUCCCAGUUCCAGCCGGCUCCUCCGGUCUCCAAGUUCGAGGACCCGAGCGAACCGAUUUACACGGACCCGUCGCUGUUCGAGAGGUCCCGGUCUCUGCGAAGCCUGACCGUGUCGCACGUCGGCAAGCUGAAAGGCGACUUUGACUGAACGACGCGGGCGGCAUUUGACCGGUGUGAACGGGCUGCCUGAACACGGCAGCUUAGUCCGAGCGAACUGAGCGACGAAGGAACGCAAUCGAAAACGAACAAUUCGGGAUUGUGUUCUGGUAGAACUGUCUUCUUCUGCAACGCGCAAAAUACCAUACCAGAAGUAAGGAGGUGUAUAUUAAGAGAAUUUCAGUCGUCCUUGCUUUAUUGUUAAUGUACAGAGUAAUAUAAGUAUAUAUAUAUGCAAAUGAACUGGCUAAAAAAAUAAUCAUGGGUGGAAUACUGUGACACGGUUCCCUCUGCACAAGUUCAGUUUGCUUCACACAGUGUUGCAUAGAAAACACGCACUUUCUUUUGCUCUGUUUUGUCCAGGCGAUAGCAAUACAAAAGAUAAUUCUGUUUAUUGAUCGAAUCACAGUGGAGAAAUACUCCGAAGCAUUCAUUCUUAUCUCGGUGCUCCAUUACCAACGUAGAUUCGUCGUCCCAUUACUUGAAUAUUCGACAUUUUUCUUAAGUGAAUAACGGGCGGCGUGGACAUAUAUCUCAAGUUAUUGCACUCUAGGCCACUCCUGUGAAAGUAUAUUGAAGUCUUUCGUGGCUAUCAGCGUUUCAGCCACUGGCGUCAUUGCACAGAUAUCGCAGUGUGCGGCAACCGAGGAGAUGUACAAGUGUUGCUCCCGGCGAUUGUUUCUUCUUCAAUAUUCGUUUGUGUUUGUCUGCACCGCGAAAUGUGUUAUAGAGGCGUAAGUUAAAUGUGCACGCGAAGCCAGCGGUGAAGCUUCUGUGUAGCAAGGCGCGCUCAAUGUCACGUGACUAUAUUUUCGCGCCUCGGGCAGGACUUGUGCAUAGUCGCCUUCUGGCUGUUGGAUUCGCGUGCAAAACUGUGUUUCCUUAAUUUCCGUAGUUUUUCAUGUUCUUGCUUCGACUUUUCGGAUUAGAUGCCGAGCAUAAACAGCUGCUGCAAAAAUAUGUGUGAGUGACAACCACUGCAUUGCAACGCGCAUGCACUUAAAUCUGUCAUGCCGCAAGGGAUAACCAAUGCCUCCUCGACACAAAUAUCUUCAAUCUUCCUGUUGUGCUGAGAGAAGUUCGCCGGGGACUGGGCGUUUAGCUGGGAUACUGGCGACUUAUGCUAUUCUUUUGCCAAGCCUUUCAUAAGCGUGUUUGGUGUGCGAAGCAGUACGUACUUCCACUCCUAUUCCAUUUGCUAUACUCGUGACAGUUGCGAGAGUAAAGGACUUGACGGCGGCGGUUCGGUACCGCGUCUAUGGGGAGUCAGCGGUGGUGCGGAGGCGCUACAGCAGUUACGUGCACUGAAAUAGGCUGAAACCCUCCGGUAGUGAUGCGACAAUAAUGGCACGAAAUUCUGCACGGUACCACUUCGCGCGCAUAGGAGCGCAUGCGCUGCCACGUGCAAGCGCGCUGGCGCCCAGUCAGGUUGGAAGAUGGACACGUGCGCCUCGAGACGAGAUGCGAAUUCGCCAGCGCAAGAUGGCAGCACGUGCUACUGAAAACUACUUCCUCCGAUCGCCAGGGUGUGUAUUACAGCGCUGAUGUCGGCACGCAAAGCUUGAGCUCUGGCUGUUGAUAUUAUAUUCUGACUAUCUCACCUAUUAUGUUAAACUUCCGGCGCGGAAGGAAUUCGAUAACGUGUGGGCACUCGAGAAAGCGCCUCGUGACUGAACAGAUAGAACGAGAUGGGAAGGUGGGCGUGAGGUGCGCGCGUAAACGAUCGACGCACGCGGCCUUUGAUUAUGCAUGGGCGAGUCGUUUGUACGCGCGAUAAGAUAGCUCGUUCAAGUGGCACGUCCGUUCGUCCGGUUUUGACCUUUAUUCGUGGCACAGUUUUCUGAAUACGUUUCGUCCGUUCGAAACGCGAAGAGCACAAUGUGCCGCGCGAAGCAAAACUGAGUGCGACGACAGCGUUUCGAUUGUUUUUCACCGAUGUCUUAAACGCAAUCAGCGCCGUCUCUCAUUACGUGCAUCAAUGUUUAACCUCCGUUAUUGUCAAACCAUCCAAUUUCUAUCGAGCUGGAUUUCCAAAGAAACUGAAGAAGCAACUUAUGUGUUUUGGCUUACUUGUGUUCUGUAAAUAACUUAUGCGAGCGACGCAUUGACACUGGCGACCUCUGAGGACAUUUUAUCAGCGUGGUUCUAGGCGAACGGACGACAAUUUUGACAGAAGUGGCGACCGAAAGAAGCCCUGCGCGUACCCCAACAAGGGCUUGAGGCAGUUCGCUCUGAACAGUAUGUAGUUGUAGGAGGAGCAUGCGUUUGGUCGCUUAUCAUGAAUUUACGCACAUUCAGCCCUAAAUUUACAGGCCUGGGAUGUGGAUCGGUGGGAGUAACCAGAAUAUAACAUAAGUAUGAUCGCGAUUCGAUACCUUGUUACCAUCUUCCAUUCGCGACGGGCCAAUCACGGAGAUAACGUGAGCGGAGCGCAGCUCGGACCACUGUAUGAAGGCGAAAAGGAAUAGCACUGAAUCAGAAUCAUAACAGUCCAUACUUUAUCUGGAGUUUCUCGACCGAAUUGUGUUGUGCACUAGAUAAAGGCUAGAAUACUCACCGGUGGCAGGCCAUAAAUAUCGGUAUCGAAAUACCUCACCUAUUACCUUUCCAUGACCGCGGACCAGAUCAGCGGUGAAGUCGGUUAUCAACACUGCACUGCAAGAGCUAGCGCUUUUUUACGGGCUUUGCUUUAUCACACUGUCACUCGCAAUUGCAUCCGGAAAUUGUCCGGAGUGUGCCUUAGAUUAUGCUCUACAGCAUGCUUCAUUUUGUAGUGAGCAGAGCAAUGCUUUAAUCGAAUAUAAUAUAUACGAACAUGGAACGUCUUGCCUUGCUAUGCGCGUGGUUGAAGCUCAGCAAGCGUCUUGAGUCUUUACUUUUACGCGAGCACUGUGACCUUUUGUUGAUGUAAUCGAAUAAAUGCCGUGGACAAGA